AUGACCUCCAACAACCUCUCAACAUGCUGCAUCACGGGUACGCUCCACGAAGGCGAACCCAAAGGCACAAUCCAAGACAUCGAGAACAUCUCAACCUACAUCACCCACCCUUCGACCGCAACCAAAAAAGCCAUCCUCCUCCUCACCGACGUAAUCGGCCACCGCUUCCUCAACGCCCAGCUCCUCGCCGACCAAUUCGCCGCCGCCGGGUAUCUCGUCCUCAUGCCCGACCUCUUCACCGGCGACAGCGUCCCCCUCAACCGGCCCGAGGGCUUCCAGAUCAUGGAGUGGGCCAAGGGCCACCAGCCGGCGCACACCGACCCCAUCAUCCACACGGCCCUGAACCACAUCCGGUCCACGCUGGGGUGUGAGCGGGUCGGCGGCGUCGGGUACUGCUUUGGGGGCAAGUAUGUGGCCCGGUUUUUGAAGGUGGAUGGGGGCUUGGAUGUGGGGUUUACGGCGCAUCCGACGAUGAUGACGGCCGAGGAGUUGGAGGCGGUGGAGGGGCCGUUUUGUGUUGCUGCUGCGCAACAUGAUCCGAUCUUCUCCGCGGAGAAGAGACGCGAGAGUGAGGAGAUCCUGGGUAAGAAGGAUCAGCCCUGGCAGAUUAGUGUGUACUCCGAUGUGGAGCAUGGGUUUGCGGUGCGCGGGGAUCUCGCGGUGCGGCGGGUGAGGUUCGCGAAGGAGCAGGCGUUUCAGCAGGCGGUGGCGUGGUUUGGGGAGUAUUUGUGA